UCUCUGACCGCAAACUCUUCCGUGGCUCCUCUGAAAAUAAUCUCCCCCCUUUUUUCUCUCUCCGUUUACCUCAAUUCAGUUUCCAGUCCUUUUGUUCGCUCUCCUUAUCACUUGGAAAAAGGUGAACCCUCGUGUUGUUUUUAUUUUAAUCUUUGCUUUAAUUGUAGUUUUUACCCUUGUGGUCCCUGAUGGCUUCGCACAGUGAUACUCUGGUGGUGUUCUUUGGGGCAACAGCUGGUGCAAAUGGGGGUAAACUGGGUUCGGAUGAGAGGGAAAUAAUUCUCUUGGUGUGGCAAAUUGUGGAUCUACAUGAGAAAAAGGUGGGGAAGCUUCAGAGAUGUCUUGUCAAGCCAGACACUUUGGAGCUGACAGACCAGUGCAAAGAGGAGACAGGACUGAGUCUGGACGACAUCGUCAAGGCUGAGCCCCUGGAUAAAGUCCUGCAACAGUUCCAGCAGUCAGUGUCAUCAGAACUGAAAUGCCUCGGCAGAAGCUCUUACACACUUUGUGUCAACGAUGCCCUCAUCAUCCGACAGGCCCUCCACCCCGAAGCUUCCAAAAAGAAUCUUGUGCUUCCUGAAUGUUUCUCUUCAUUUGUGGACGUGAGGAAGGAGUUUCACAAAUGCUGCCCAAACGCCGGCCCGGCAAGAAAGCUCGAACUUGCCUCCAUGUUGGAAUAUGUCGGUCUUCCUGCUGUGUCAGAGCAGUUGAUGGGGGUGAGGGAGGUGAGGAGCAUGGUGCAGUUGACGCUCCGCAUCCUGGCCGAGCCUUACAAUCACAAGUUCUCCUGUGUCGAAACCGUGAACUACAAGUUUGAUUCCGGCACGUGUAAGACGGAGCCAGUUGACAGUGAGACUGUGAUCAGAGCGCGGGGGCUUCCAUGGCAGUCCUCAGACCAGGACAUUGCUCGCUUCUUUAAAGGCCUCAGUAUUGCAAAGGGUGGCGUGGCCCUGUGUCUUAACGCUCAGGGCAGGAGGAACGGCGAGGCUUUAGUUCGUUUCAUCAACUCCGAACACCGGGAUCUGGCCCUGGAGCGCCACAAGCACCACAUGGGCAGCCGCUACAUCGAGGUCUACAAGGCCACAGGAGAGGAAUUCCUGAAGAUCGCUGGAGGCACGUCUAACGAGGUGGCCCAGUUCCUGUCCAAAGAGAACCAGGUGAUUAUCCGUAUGCGGGGGUUGCCGUUCACCGCCACACCCCAGGAGGUGCUGUCCUUCCUUGGUCCCGAGAGCCCGGUCACAGAUGGUGGCGAAGGUCUGCUCUUUGUCAAGUACCCUGACGGACGGCCCACCGGCGAUGCCUUUGUGCUCUUCUCCUGUGAAGAAUACGCCCAGAAUGCCCUGAAGAAGCACAAACAGAUCCUGGGGAAGCGGUACAUCGAGCUGUUCCGGAGCACUGCGGCUGAGGUGCAACAGGUCCUGAACCGCUAUAUGUCAACACCUCUGAUCUCCACACUGCCCCCUUCACCCAUCGUGCCCGUCCCGGUCCUCGCCACGCCUCCCUUCCUUCCAGCAACCAGCAACACUCGCGACUGUGUCCGCCUCCGUGGCCUGCCCUACACCGCCAGCAUCGAAGAUAUCCUGGAGUUCAUGGGAGAGCACACCGUUGACAUCAAACCCCACGGAGUCCACAUGGUCCUCAACCAACAGGGCCGGCCCUCUGGUGAUGCUUUCAUCCAAAUGAAAUCAUCUGACAGGGCGUUUAUGGUGGCCCAGAAGUGCCAUAAAAAGACCAUGAAGGACCGUUAUGUGGAAGUGUUCCAGUGCUCCACGGAGGAGAUGAGCAUCGUGCUGAUGGGGGGAACGCUGAACCGCAGCGGCCUCUCGCCUCCACCCUGCAAGCUUCCCUGUCUGUCUCCACCCACAGCCUACGCUGCCUUCCCCACCCCGCCGGCCAUCCUCUCCGAGGCUGCUCUCUACCAGCCCCCCCUGCUGGCUGCUCCCAGACCUCCUCAGUCCACCGCACACAGCCCUGCUCACACUCUGGCCUACUACCCCCCUCACCCACAGCUCUACAUGAAUAUGAACAUGAACUACACAGCUUACUAUCCCAGCCCCCCAGUUUCUCCUUCCACAGUUAGCUACUUUGCAGCUCCACCGGGAGCUAUGGCGGCAGCAGUCGCAGCCCAGCCCCACCCCGCUGCAGCCGCCGCCUCUCCUGUGCUGCCUCAGCCUGGCGCCCUGGUCAGGAUGCAGGGCCUGCCCUACAACACUGGAGUGAAGGACAUUCUCAGCUUCUUCCAGGGAUACCAGUACGCCCCUGACGAGUACAGCGGCAUGGUUCAGAUGAGCGAACAGGCCAGGAGUCUGAUUCAGCCCAAAGAAUGGCUCUGUCUGUAGGGACUCACCCCAAGCUCCAGCCAGAUGCCGUUCUCAUCUUGUACAACUUCAGUGGCCAAUGCAGUGGCGAGGCCUUGAUCACCUUCCCUAGUGAGGAGAUCGCCAGACGGGCCGUAGCCGAGCGCUCCAACCACCCCUUCUACGGCCAGCAGGUCCACUUGGUCUUCUGUAACUGACUAGGCCUCUGUCUUCCUCAAUUCACCCUCCCGCUGAAGAGCACCUGCCUCCGAAAUACAUAUCUUCAGCAACAUUUUCCCCAAAACAGUUCCAGUUGAUCCCAGUGCCCCUUAAAACAGCUGCUGAAGCUCUCCCUCGUCUGUGAUCUGCCAUUUAUUGAUACACAACUGCCACUGCUGGCCCUGACACUCCUGAAGCCACUGCUGGAGUCUGGACAUCCACUGGUGAAGCAGCUGAAGUCGUUAAAGCUUCAUGUGGAGCUAACGACUUUGUGGACGUCACACACAGCUUUUCUGUGUAUUUGCACCUACUGUAAUAGCUGGUUGUGGAGAUGAGAUGGUGUGGAGCCUGGACACACCCAUAUUAGUGUCUUGGCAAAGCCAAAUAUGCAUGUAUAUUUAAAUGCUCUAUAUAACACUGUACAGAUGUUCAUCCUGAAAUGCUUGAGGCUGUACAAACCACUUCUGCUCACAAUCUUUUCUGUGUAUUUCUAUUUUUUUUUUUUUACUCUUAACCACUACAAGAUUUAGACUUUUCAGAGUUUGUGAUCUUUUGGGUUCUGCAGCUCUGUGCAAACUCAGAUGUGGGAGUGUGCAUCCACGUUGUUUGAUAUGAUGGCCUCCAGCAGUGUAGUGGUGUCAUCAAAAAGAGAAAAAAAAGCCAUAGAGACUAACUUAGACCACUGAAACAACAGACAGAAUAUCAAACUGUACUUGACUUAAAUGCCAUGAAUUAAUUUGAGCUAAUAUUGAGCAGCAGACAAAUCUACAGCAACACCACAGAGUUGGCAUUGUACCUUCUGCUGUGUAGCUUCCUUUUUUCUGUAAAAAGCAUUUACGUGACAUACAGUGUGUCAUCCAUUUAGACCUGUCCCAAGCACUACAGAUUUAUUUGCUCCAAAGAGUUAAGUGACAGAGCAUCUUCUAGCGCAAUAGAAUGAUGAAUUGAUUCUAUUUUUAUUAGUCCCAUUUUCUUACGAAAGUGGAUAUUUUGUUAUUAAAUGUAUAAGGGAAGAGGCGAAUCCUGAAGCCUUUAAUAAUAAUCGACCUCAGCUACUAGACCUCUUCUGUUUCGGUUUCCAGACUAUUUAUAACGAUCAGUUUGUAGCAUGCUUUAAUGACCGGAGUACUGUGUGAAAGCUGCAUGAGUUUUUCCUGUGACAGGCCUGCUGACAGCUAUCUUAGUUUUUUCCUCUUUAGUGUGCCUACAUUACCCAGAGUGCAAUACUGGCCCAAACAAGGUGAGGUCAGCCUCUGGUGGCAGAGAACAUGUUUGUUUCUUUUGUUGCAAGUUUGAGACUUGUAUGAAUUUAGAUCUGUGUAUAAGACUGUAAACAAUAAUAAAAAAAAUGUUGACAA